AUGAGUGCAGAACAAGACCCUUUACUCGCCGCUUUCGAGGGAAGCGCAAAUGGAAGUGGAAACAACGAAAAUAGUGGGAACAAUGCCAGCAAUGCUAGUCCCGAGCAACAACAAACACCACAGGACUUGGCACAAGAGGCUCGUCAGCGGGCCUUGACCAGCUUUCGCAAGAAAAUCGCAGAACACAGGCGUUACGAGGACCAAUUGAAAAGCAAGCGCCAGGGGAUUCGCGAUAUGGAAAAGGAGUACGAGCGCACAGAAGCGGAUAUCAGAGCACUGCAAAGUAUUGGGCAAUUGGUAGGUGAGGUGAUGAAAGAACUUUCCGAGGAGAAGUAUAUCGUCAAAGCGUCGUCAGGCCCUCGUUACAUCGUGGGCGUGCGGAACUCGGUGGACCGCCAAAAACUGAAAAAGGGUGUUCGUGUCACUCUGGACAUCACAACCCUCACAAUCAUGCGCGUUUUACCCCGUGAAACAGACCCAUUGGUCUACAACAUGACUUCAUUCGAGCCUGGCGAGAUCACCUUCGAGGGUAUCGGUGGUUUGACCGAGCAGAUUCGUGAGCUACGUGAGGUGAUAGAACUGCCCUUGAAAAACCCUGAGAUUUUCCAAAGAGUCGGCAUCAAGUCGCCCAAGGGUGUCCUGCUGUAUGGACCCCCAGGUACCGGUAAGACCUUGCUGGCAAAGGCGGUUGCCGCCACAAUCGGCGCCAACUUCAUUUUCUCCCCCGCAUCCGGAAUUGUUGACAAGUACAUCGGUGAGUCGGCUCGUAUCAUUCGUGAGAUGUUUGCAUACGCAAAGGAACACGAACCUUGCAUUAUAUUCAUGGAUGAAAUCGAUGCCAUUGGCGGACGUAGGUUCAGCGAAGGUACGUCCGCGGAUCGUGAAAUUCAGCGUACGCUGAUGGAGCUACUAACCCAAAUGGACGGUUUCGACAAUUUGGGACAAACGAAGGUCAUUAUGGCUACAAACAGACCCGACACACUAGAUCCUGCUCUAUUAAGACCCGGUAGAUUGGAUCGUAAAAUCGAAAUUAAUCUACCUAACGAAGCUGGAAGGCUUGAGAUUUUUAAGAUUCAUAGCGCCUCAGUGAAGAAAGCGGGCGAGUUUGACUUCGAGGCUGCGGUGAAGAUGAGUGAUGGUUUCAACGGUGCCGAUAUUCGUAACUGUAUCACGGAGGCUGGUUUCUUCGCCAUUCGUGACGACCGUGAAUAUAUUAUUCAAGAUGACCUGAUGAAAGCUGUCAGAAAGGUUGCUGAAGUCAAGAAGCUUGAGGGUAAGAUUGAGUAUCAAAAGCUUUGA